GAAAUCAUCAGCAGAUAUUUGAAAAUUAAUAAAAAAAAAUUAUUUAAUCAGGAAACUGAUUCCGAUUAUGGAUAGUAGCCAGAUAAUUUGGAAUUGAUUCAAUUUCAAUAAAACUAGUGUACGGAUAAGUUGGAUUUGUUUUUGCUCUGAAUUUUCUUGAUUUGUUCGUCAUGAAAGAAUACAUAAUUUUCAUCUUCUUGCUGGCUAUACAACCGAACCCAGUAUUACUUCAGGGUUCCGAUGAUCUAAAUACUAAUAUACCCAAACCACCUGAAACAUUUUUUCUGGAUGCCUCACAUCAUCUUAAUGAGUUUGAAGAGACGUUGCUAUUCCAUAAUCACCUUUUUGUGGAUAAGACCAUGUUCAUAGAAGAGUUGAUUAGACGACAGUUCGAAUGCGAAGUAAUCAGUCGUCCUUCCCGCUGGGGUAAAACUUUUAAUAUGGCAAUGACGGAAGCCUUUUUCGAUAUACCACAUCACCAAAAUGGCUCAGUUGAUCAUUACAAACGAAACAUGGUCAAAUCAUUUUUCGAAGGCGGAUCUGUAAUUGUGUUACCAGGUAAAAAAUCUUCCAUAGAAACAAAACCUUUGGAAAUUUCUAAAGUGGAACGUGCAAUGAAGGAAAUGGGACGUCAUCCGACAAUAUCCAUUUCCUUGGUCAGCGAUGGUGACACAUUUAACGACUUUAUCAGGAAAUUUGCUGACCAAAUAAGCGAAAUAAUUUCUACUAAAAAUUACGCCUCAUUUUUACCGAAGUACUGUAGAAGAACUGGCCUGCCAAACGCAUGUUACAAACUUUUAAAUAGUACCAAAGAACAGCUCGCUGGUAACCUCGAUACAUUGGAACAUAGCAUAGAAAUAUUAACUAGUCUAUUAUCGAGCCAUUUCAAAUCAGAAACUGUGGUAUUAAUUGACGAUCAUGAUUACCCGUUGAAUCGAAUGCUAUGCAACGAAACUGAUUUUAAGAAAACUGCAGAAUUUUUGAGAAGUUUGUUCACUAGGACAUAUAAAGGUGAGACAUACACUAGCAUAUACUGUAGUGUCGUAACUGGUGUGCUACAAUUACCGAGAUGCGAAAUAUCAUCAGGGAUGGCAUCUUGUUUACGUAGCAGUGUACUAGAACCGCAAUAUAUGCCACAUUUUGGUUUCACCGAGGCAAACGUUCAAACACUAAUUGAAAAAAAUCCUAGCUUUCCGCAUAAUUUGACCGAAUUGAAAACCUGGUACGGUGGCUACACAUUUGGGGAGCAUUACGGGUAUAACCCUCGCUCAAUUCGUGGUUACUUCGAAUCUAAUCGAACGAGCAACUAUUGGAUAACGAGCGUUCCAUUGGGACUUAAUUCGAGUCAUCUGGAUACCCCUCUUCAUCAACUAUUUAUGUUGGAUGAAUAUCAAACAUACGUCCAGCAAUUGUUUGUCAGCAAUAGCCCAUUGCGAGCUGCACUCAGAUCAGAAAUACAUUACCCGAAUGCUGUAACAAGAGACGGGGACACUUUUCUAUCAGCUUUAACAGAAAUGGGAUAUACGACGUGUGAACAAAUAUCCGAAGACGGCUAUAAUGUCCGCAUUCCAAAUAAGGAAGUGCGCGAUCAAUUCAAACAUGCGAUAGGACUAUGGACGAGAAAGCAUUUAAAGGAGAACUUCGACGCGAUAAUGGCAGUUGUUGAUCAAUUUCUGGAGAGUUUCAAACUGAACAAUUUCACCUCAGUUCAAAGCAAUUUCUAUAAGCUGCUGUCAAUAGUCGAGAAAACGACUUCGGCAAAACUCCAUUGCGAUCUUAUUUUCGGACUAUUGGUCCAACUCGAUGAUAAUUGGCAUUUGGAACGAAACUUUGAUGACGUAAUUUUAAUCUGCGGACGAGUACAAUUUAGCUGCUACAUCACAUUAAGAUUGAAGCUCGAUUCAAAUUGUAAAGAUUCCAAUCCAAUGGCAGUGAAGAUGGUGAUACAUGGUAAUUCUACUAUCGAGCAACUUACCACUGAAGCACAAACCGCCGGUACUUCUAUUUACGAGGAACGAGAUAUUCAGGAACAAACUACGAGUAUUUCCCUAGUACGAGUAUUAAUGAACCUUUUUAGACGUCAUCGACAUUAAGAAUAAGAUCAUGGAAUGUUCGAAGAAAAGAGUUGCCCAAUUGUAAGCGAAAAACGGAUAUACAAGUAAAUACAAAUGGUAUACUUGCGUUAUCAGUGGGCUAAAGAUUAUGGGCAUGUUCCUCGAUGAGUAGGUAUCAGUCUGUAAAAUAGAUACCUAUUUAUUUUGUUCAGUCAGGGGAAGACGAAAAAAUACCAUAAAAUCAAAAAAUGUGACAAAAUAAGAUGUAUAACGGUCGUGCAAGUCCUGUAAUACUCGUAGUUCUGCUUUUUGCCAAUGAGUCCUACAAGUCCUGCAGUUGUCCUAUUUUUUAUCACCUUUCAUAAAAAGUCCUGCUUUUUUUCAGUUGAAGAGUGAUAUUCCAAAACUCGCUUUGUCCAUUUUCACAACUUUUCAGGAAAGAGGAAAAACGAUUUUCCUUUAAACGGGUAAAUUGGCUUUUUAGGCGAGUUUAGCACUUUAUUUGGGUGGAUUUAUGAUGUAGGAGUGUAGGUAUACACUUCAUCCACUAAAUACUGCUGAAAAAAAUUUCAAUAAAACUGGACAAAGCGCGUUUUGGAACAUUAUUUUUUUUUAAUUUUCAGUGAAUUGACUAUUUAGGUGAGUUUAACACCUCAUUUUGGUAGGUUGAUGAUGUAGGAAUGUGAGUUAAGACUUCAUCUACCAGGUACUGCUGAAAACCCAACUUUGAUAAAAAUGGACAAAGCGAGUUUUGGAAUAUCACUCUUCAGUUAUAGACUUCAAAUUUUCAUCUUAUUUUUCCUUUUUUUUUGACUUUCGAAAAAAUUUUAUUGAAAAAUACUCAUUUGCGGAAUUUUUUAAAACUUGAAUUAAUGGGGAAAAAGCACCGUUGUCUAAAUUUCAUUGGAAGGUUGCAAAUUUGUAUGGCACACUUGCGACGAUAUUUUUUCAAUGUAGAAAGAAAUAAAAACGAAAAAUUUUGCUAUAGGUAAGUCAAGGUUUAAUGUACAUAUCUACCUAAUAAAAAAAUCAAAGGUGAAACGAAUUGGCCUUCAAUUUAAUAUUAUUGUACAUAUUGUUACCUACCAUUUGUAUUUAUUGUAGCCUAAGUUAAUUUUGAAUAAAUUUACAAAAUAUUCAGUUAAAAA